AUGGCGCGUCAUCUCAGCCGUCUGUUCGGGCUGCUCGCCGUAGUCUCGCUGCUGGUGGCGUCGCUGCUGCUGCCGCUUCUGCUAGUGCUUCUCGAUCUGCCGUUCCUCCCCUCGCCUGCCCCCGUCGCAUGCUCGAAAGUGCGCGAUCCUUACAAAGUGCUAGGUGUGGCUAAAGAUGCGUCACAGCAGGACAUCCGCGCUGCGUACAAGAAGCUCGCCAGGCGAUGGCACCCGGACAAGAACCAGGGCGCAAAGGCAGCGCAUGAGCGGUUCCUGUCAGUGCAAGCGGCAUAUGAGAUGGUGGGGGAGGAGGAGGCGCGGAGGAGGUUCGACCGCUACGGCGCUGAUGAGGACGGUCACAGCGGCGGGGGUCAGUACCAGAGGCAGCAGCGCUAUCAGCAUCAUCAUGCCUACUCCGACUCAUUCUUCUCGCACUGGGGACAGCAGCAGAGUGACGACCUCAUGCCGUCGGCCACUAAGACGCUGACAGCUGUCAACUUUGGGCAGCAGGUGCUGGGCGGCGGGGACGCGUGGCUCAUCCAGAUCUUCUCCAUCUAUUCGCCGCAGUCGCGCGCCUUUGCCCCGCACUGGGAGAAGCUGGCAUCGGAAUUCGAAGGUGUGGUGCGGUUUGGCAGGGUGGAGGUAUCGGAGCAGCGGCGACUGGCAUCGGUUCUCGCCAACCACAAGUGCUUCCGCUCCUCCUUCGGCUUUGGAUCCGGCUUCCCAGCCUUUGUGGCCUUCACCCCAUCCUGUCGGGACAUUGCGUGCUGCUCGUCCGUGUGGGCCUCUGCAGCCCCGUCCUCUCUGCGCUCCUUCCUCACUGACUCGCUCCUCCUCCUGCCUUACCUCCCGGCCGUCUCCCCAUCCCUCCUAGAGUCCCUACCUCUCCGCCUCUCCUUCCAAAAGCCGGUCAUAGUGGCUGCAGUUCCAGUCGACUCCUCCUCCUCCCCUUCCUCAUCCUCAGCAGCGGCAGCUCUGCUCCUCCAGAUGCGGGUAGCAGCAGCAGACCCGCAGUGGCGCUCCUCCCUGCACUUCUCCUCUGUCGCCCUCCACCCACACCACCUCAGCGCGCUCGCCCCUCGCCUGGGUCUGCGUCGCCUGCCCUGUCUGCUCAUCUUCAAGGACCCGCUCAGAGAACCCCUCGUUGCCACCGGGAAGUGGAGCAAAGACAGGCUUCACGACGUGCUAUCUAAGAACCAAUCGCCUGAUCUCCUUUCCCUGCACAAGGACUCAGCACCUCUGCUCCGCUUCUACAUCCCCAAUUCCUCCCACCUCUUCUCCCUCUUCUCCUCCUCCUCCUCCACAUCAUCAUCCUCCUCCUCUUCCUCUGCCGACUCCUCUCACCCCUCUCUCCCUGCACACGGGCCCUGGUACUCUCUAGUGCUCAUCGGCCAUUCGGCGGACCUCGCCCUCUCCAACUCCUCUUCGUUCGCCUCCUCCCUUUCGGAGAUCCGCAAGCUGAAGCGAAUUCUCGACAACCCGCCAUCCUCCGCCUCCUCGUCCCCUUACACUGCCUUCUCCUCCCACCGCCUAUUCCUCUCUUGGCUUGAUGCCUCUCAGCAGCCAGCUGUUUGCCGCUUCCUCCUCUCCCUCUCCCCUCACUCUCUCACUCACUCUCACACUCGCUCACACGCUCACACUCACGCUCACUUCCUGCCUAGAACCAUUACUCAACUCGCACAACUUUUCUUCCAGAUAUUCUCUCCCCUUCUCCGCGUCCUUCCAUCUCCCAUUGCCUCCUCCCUCUCACGUCUCUCCUCCUCAAUCCUCCGAUACCUCCCUUUCUCGCCCUUCGCCCCUCCCCCGCCCAUCCUCUCCCUCUGCUCCUCCCCCUCUCUCUCACACUACACCACACACUAUCUCGACCAACUUCUCCUCCUCUCCUCCCACCUCCUCUCCUCCCUCUCCUCCUCCUUUCAAGACUAUACCAACUCCCUCUCUCUCCACUUUCUCGGCUCUCCGUUCUUUCCGCUCGGGCAGCCGAAAAGCUCUCUGAUUGCUGGAUGGAGCUGGGGCAGGUGGGGAAAAGAAACCGGAGAUGGCAAAGCAAGUAUGAGAACAGGCGCUUGUCCUGCUGUCGUGCUGCUGCGACACCAACACGUGGGAGUGCGAGGAGGAAAAGGCGGAAAGGGAGGAAGAGGAGGAUGGGGAGCAAGGUGGGGAGAGUUAGGAGGAGAGGGGGUGAAGGGCGGGGGGAAUCAGAGGAGGGUGUCGCAGCAUGUGGCUGUGCUACGAAGGAAGGCAGGAGGGGGGAGGGCAGCAGGGAGAGGAACACGACGGAGUGAUGGGGGGGGAGGAGAUGACUGUCCGUUGAUGGGUGCAGGAGAGGUGAGUGAAUCACCUUAUGGGAAACUCAUACUUCCCUCCCACCCACCCACCCACCCACCCACCUACCUACCUAUCCACCUGGCCCCAUCUCCCUCUCUCUAUCCCAUGCAGUUCCGAGCUCUCAAGCAGCACCCCCCCGCCCUGGCCCAUCCAAACACCUGGUGGGACCACACUCUCUCACCCUCCUCCUCUUCCUCCUCCUCCUCCUCCUCUCUGCCCGCCUGGUUCCUCCCCUCCGCCCUCCUCUCCUUCCUCUGGCAAUCCUUCUAUGCCUGCAAGCACACUCUGGAGCUGCUUCUAGGGGAGCCGCUAGGGGAGGCUAUUUCAUCCCCGCUAUUGUCUGCCUUCAUAACGCUCGUUGUGAUCUACACUAUUGGCACGUGCUUAGGUGCUCCUUCCAGUGCACCCGCAACAGGACUGGGGGGGAUGGGAGUAACAGAGGAGGAGGAAGGGGAGGAGGAGGAAGAGGAGGAAGGGGAGGAAGAGGAAGAAGAGGAAGGAGUGGAGGAUGGGGAGGAGGAGGGAGAGGGAUGGGGAGUGGAUCAGCAGAAGGGGCGAUGGGUAAAGAAGAGAGAAGAGGCAAGGGCAGCAGAGAAUGCAGCAAGAGCAGCACAGGAGUCUGGUUACCUGUGA